AUGUGCUCCAUAUUUUCCACACAACCUGAAGUCCUUAAAAAAUAUGACACAGCUAUUGACCCGAGUUACAAAUGUUCCGCUCCUGUGGACGAUCGACUAGUGGACGCGGAGCAGCGCGAGGAGGAUAGAGGUUGCGAAGCAGGGGGAAUGAGAGGAGGAGAGGGAAGGGGAGGAGACGACGGGGGAAUAGGAGUGGAACGGGGAGGCGAAAGGGAAGGAGGAGGAAGGGUUGGAGGUGGAAACGUGGGGGGUUUACAAAAAAUGUUUGGUGACGGUAACGAGGAAGCAGAGGGGGCGAGCGAAAGACUUCAGAUUGAUGGUGGUGGUGGCGGGAGCGGGGAUAUUAGGGGUGGCGUGGAUGGCCGGGGUGGUAACGCACAAGUUGGCGAAGGAGCAGGCAUUGAAGGGAGUGGUGCGGAGGGGAAGUGGAGGCACCCAUUCCUGGGCUCCAAGAACAGACCCACGAGCUUCUCGCUGCCGGCGCAGGGCGCGCGGGCGCCUAUGGACGUGCGCGUGAAGUACGAGAUCGCGGUGCUGCGGUGUCUGCGGCCGCACGUGAGCGCCAGUGUGAUCUCCGCCGUGGUUCUCGCCAAGCACGGCGUGGACGUGUCCCCGCGCAAGGUGCAAAAGAUCGCGCGCGAGCAGCGCAAGUGGAUCAAGGCGGGCGGCACCCCCGCGGGCAGCAUGGAGCUGGUACGACUGGAGGACGAGGUGGCGAUGUGGGUGCUGCGGGAGGAGCAAGAGAAGAAGCGGCAGGCGACGGUGGAGCGCAUUCUCGCGCGCGCGCAUGCCCUCGCGCCCAAGUACCUGGCGGGGGUGAAGGCCCCUGUGACGCAGAAAUGGGUGUCGGCGUUCAUGCGGCGCUAUGGGCUGCUGCUGCUGCCGCUCACUGAGCGGGCUCCGGGUGGGACGGAAGGGGCAGGGGAGGAGAGUGAGAGCGAGAGUGAGGAGUGUGGGGAUGAGGAUGGGAGGCAGGGCGGAGUGGGGAAGGGAGGUAGCAAGGGCGCGGGAGCUGUGGGUCGGGGAGGGGAUAUGAGUGCAACGCAGGGGGUGGUGGUGAAAGUAGAGGCGGACGAGGAUGGGCAAGUUGGGGGUGUGCGGGAUGCUGGUGGUGAUGGCUGUGGCGAAAUGAACGUGGUUUGUGCUGGGGUUGAUAAACGGCCUUCGCAGCAGGGCAGGGAAGGUGAGAGAACUUUGCAGGGUGGUGGUGGCAAUGGUGGUGGAAGUAGUGGUGGUGGUGGUGGUGGUGGUGGUGGUUACGGCGCUAGUGGUGUGCGGGAUGCAAGGAAGGGGCAGAAGGGAAGUGGUUGGAACAGGCUGGCUGUCUACAAGGCUCAAGCAAAUACUUGGGACAUAAAUUGGGCGAGAAAGACAUGGGUGACUGGGUGGGAGGACGGCGAGUGCGAGGGCAGUGAGGAGAGCGAGAGUGGCAGCUCAAGCAGCGAGGAAGAUGAGAGUGAGGAGGGCAGUGAGGAGGAGAGGGCGCAGGAGAGCGACGAAGGAGCGAAGUUAUAUAAAGGAAGGAAGGCGGGAGUGAGGGGGGGAGAGGAGAGGCUAGUGGAGGUGGAAAUAGGGGACCGGCACUUUGACGCGGUGCUGGGUGCUGCAGAGCGCGCAGCGCGGGAGACGGUGAGGGAGUUCCGGCGAGAUGUGGUGGAGGAAGCGGUGGUGGACUCGGAGGUGCUUGUGAAGGGACCCGUGGGGCGCGGCAGCAUGGUGUGGGCAACGCACCUCGACGUCAUGAGCACCCGCAUGGGCCCGCGCAGACGCGCUUCCACGGGGUGUGGCAUGGGCGCAGGGGAGGAGGCACGUGGGGAGAGGCGCGAGAGUGUGGGCGGUGUGCGAGGUGUGGAGGGUGGGGGGGGACAGAGGGUAGAGGAUGGGGGAAAGGAGAUGGUAGAGGGUGGGGGGGAGGAGAGGGGAAAGGGUGGGGAGGAGAAGAGGGGAGAGGGUGGGGAGGAGGAGAGGGUAGAGGGUGGGGAGGAGAAGAGGGUAGAGGGUGAGGGGGAGGAGAGGGCAGAGGGAGGGGGAGAGAAGAGGGCAGAGGGAGAGGGGGAGAAGAGGGCAGAGGGAGGAGGAGAGAAGAGGGGAGAGGGUGGGGAGGAGAAUAGGGCAGAGGGCGGAUUGAUGACGUUGUGGGGCCAGCGGUAUUCCCGUCGCGUGGCAUGCAUGGGCACCAACUACCGCAGCAUGCUGCCCACUCACCCACUCUUCAUUCGCGCCUCUGCCUGCUCCUCACAGCUUCCGCCUGCGCAAGCCAAGCACACAGCAGGGGAAAAGGAGGGCGCAAGAGGGCACAAGGACGAAGCAGAGGGGCUCAUCUGCGUGUGGCGCCCCCCACGGCACAAGCGCAGCAAGGGGGCAGGUGAGGGGCCUGUGGUACUGGAAGGGAUCACGCUCAGCCGCGUGCGUGCGCUGUGCCUCGUCAUGCAGGGUCGCCCAGGUGUGCGGCUGAAGUCGAUCCUGAAAGCAGUGAAGCAGGCGUGGAACGUGCAGCUGA